CCUCGGCCGGAAGCAGCUAGUGGCUCCGUAGCGGCCGAAGGGGUGGGCUCACGGGCUGAGGGAGUGUAAGCUGCUCGCGGCUCGCUCGGCGGUGCAAGAUGGCGGACAUCUCCCUGGACGAGCUCAUCCGGAAGCGCGGGGCUGCGGCGAAGGGGCGGCUCAAUGCCAGACCAGGGGUUGGAGGUGUCCGGUCUCGUGUUGGGCUACAGCAGAGCCUCCUCAGCCAGCCAGCACGCACAACCGCCUUCCAGCAGAGGUUUGAUGCCCGGCAGAAGAUUGGCCUCUCGGAUGCCCGGCUCAAGCUGGGAGUCAAGGAUGCCCGGGAAAAGCUUUUGCAGAAAGAUGCCCGGUUCCGGAUCAAAGGGAAAGUGCAGGAUGCCAGAGAGAUGCUGAACUCCCGCAAGCAGCAGAGCACGGCACCCCAGAAGCCCCGCCAGGUGGCCGAUGCCCGAGAGAAGAUCAGCUUGAAGAGAAAUUCCCCUGCUGCCUUCAUGAGCCCACCCGUCGGGACAGUGACCCCUGCUCUGAAGCUCACUAAAACCAUCCAGGUUCCUCAGCAGAAGGCCAUGGCACCACUUCAUGCCCAUCCUGCUGGAAUGAAGAUCAAUGUCGUCAAUAACCACCAGGCCAAGCAGGUAGAAUGUAAUUUAUACGACCUAGAUGAAGACGAAGACGUCGUAGCUCCCACUCCUAGUAAACAGAUGAAAUUCACCACCUCAGGCAGCUUUCUCCACCACGUGGCCGGGCUGAGCAGUUCCAAGCUUUCCACAUCGAAGGCCCUCCCUCUCACCAAAGUGGUUCAGAAUGAUGCGUACACAGCUCCUACUCUCCCCUCUUCUGUUCGAACAAAAGCCUUGACCAGCAUGUCCCGGACGCUAGUGAACAAGGAGGAGCCCCCCAAAGAGCUGCCGCCUGCUGAGCCUGUCCUCAGCCCUUUGGAAGGCACCAAGAUGACUGUGAAUAAUCUGCACCCUCGAGUCACCGAGGAGGACAUUGUUGAGCUUUUCUGUGUGUGUGGAGCCCUCAAGCGGGCUCGGCUGGUCCAUCCUGGGGUAGCAGAGGUGGUCUUUGUGAAGAAGGAUGAUGCUAUCACUGCAUAUAAGAAAUAUAACAACCGGUGUCUGGACGGACAACCAAUGAAAUGCAACCUUCACAUGAAUGGGAAUGUUAUCACCUCAGACCAGCCCAUCCUGCUACGGCUGAGUGACAGCCCCUCGGUGAAGAAGGAGAGUGAGCUGCCUCGCAGGGUGAAUCCUGCCGCGUCCUCCAACCCCCCUGCCGAAGUGGACCCUGACACCAUCCUGAAGGCCCUCUUCAAGUCCUCAGGGGCCUCUGUGACCACACAGCCCACAGAAUUCAAAAUCAAACUUUGAGCAGGGGCGUGAGGCAGCCAGAAGCAGGGGCAGAGGAGGGUGGCUCUGUUUCCCAAAGCAAAGCCUUGACCAAUGGGCCAUUGGACUGGAGGCCCCUGAGCGUGGGAAGGGUCACUGGGGGCAGAGAGCUUCCUCACUGGACGGAACCCACCUUUCCGUGUUGUCUUCUACCCUGUGCUCUUGUGUACAUUAACAUUCCCUGUAGUAUGUUUCUUGCCCCUCCACCUCAUCACCAAGGUAGGCUCGUGUUGCUCAGAGUCUCUCUCCCCCAACCUCAGCCCCAAACUGAUUUCUUGUCUGGAAAUGGUGCCCUAAAUUCUCUGAGUGGCUUUCUUGUGGCCCCGUGGAACGCAGGGCAGGGGCUGUUUGAAGGACACUGCUUUCUCCAGGGGUGAGGGGUUGCCUCCCCUGUCUCUUUUUUAAAUUUUUCAAACAAAGCGGGGAAUGGAAGCCCCUGCCAUCCUAAUGGGAGCCAGGUUAGCUUGAGAGCCGUGCCACUCACCCACCGGCUCAAUGGAGAUGGCCCUGGGCGGGGGUCAGCUCGCAGGCCUCUUGUCCUCUCCCCAUGACUGGCUCCAGACCAUUCUGGUAAGGAGAGGGCCCCCAGCUCUUGCCUUGGAGGCCCAUGCUGUCACAGGUGACCCCGAGUAAAUUCUCACAUUUCACUUUUCCCUUGGGUUAUGGUCUGUGCCCCACUCAGCUCUUGGCCUUCUGGGUGUCCCCGCUGAGAGGGGCUUACACUGUUAGCCCUCCCAGUUCUCACUAGCACAGCCCUCAUCUCACUCUGGUUUUGGUGCAAAUGCCAGCUCUCUGCUAGUUGGGUUUUUCAAAGAGUCCGCCUCGUGUUUUAUGACACAGGGAUUGGGUUUGGAGGAGUCCUUGAAUGGGAGAUGGAGGCUUGCUCCUGGCUCUUUCUUUCUGGCCUCAGGUGUCUGCAAGAUAAUAGGGAUGCUGAGAGGCAUAUAUCCAGCUGCCACCAAGGGGCACUGUCUCCACUAUUGGGAGACCCAUCCCAAUACCCAUGACCAGAGGGGUAUUUUUCCUGCCUUGGCGGUGUGGGGAGGGAGGGAGUUGAGAGAGCAGAGUAGCCCUUCCAGGAGAGCUGGGGGCUUGUUCCUUUGGCGUGGUUCCAGGCAGUUGGGACAAAACUAGAACCCAGGGGCAGCCCCUGAAUACCAGGAGCGCAUUGCUCCGUGUCAUGCGCAGUCUCCUCCUGGCUUGCUGGGACUGGAAAGGAGAUCCAGGCUGGCGGACUGGAGCAGGAUGCUGGGAGCACUACAGAAUCAUAGCAAGUGCUGUGAAGGGCACAAACCUAGGAGGUAGAGGGGACCUGAGACAUUAAGAGCCUCUGCUGACUGUAUGGGGCCAGCCUGGUGAAGAAAAACCUGGAAACUCAUGUUUUCACUGAGUUAAAUCUGUCAAGCAGGAAGGACCCAGGGUUUGAACCCAGCCCAGUCCUCCAGCUCAGAGGUGGCCCAGGCCUGGGAUGUCCAAGGAAUGUGCCUGCUGGUGCUCCACUUUCCAGCUUUUUUAAGAAUGCUGCUCUUGUUCUCUCUCUCCCCCUUUCAACGGGUGCAAACUUACUUCUCUUCAGCAGCUGGAAGACAUUCCUCCUACACUGUCCCUUCUUGGCCCAAGGGAGCACCCACAAGGCAGUAGGACCUGGUUUCUCAGGUACUGGGCACAGUUGGAUCACUGCUUGGACUUGCUUUGAGUAGGGUUGGUAAAUAUCCUGCCUGCAUGGCUUUACCCUCCCCUCUCCCUCCAGUCCCAGCCAGGCUGCUCUGGUUACCAGAGUCCCACUGACCCCAGCCGCAGCCGCCUGGCUGGCUGGGCCCUGUCCUCUGGAUAACUGUAUGGUACAUCGCAGGGUGGAGGCUGUUUGCCUUCCCUGCUCUGCAGGAUGUCAUUGUGGGAAACAGGGAAGAGAAGGUGGUGGGCCAGUCCUUGUGUCCAUCCCCACCUCCCAAUCCCCUACAUCCCCCGUCUGUGUCUCUUGUCCAAAAGGAGAGGAAGAGGCAUUAAGGGAUGGAGGAGACUGUGUUACUUAUCCAUUUCUGAAUAAACAUUUGUUAUUCCUAC